AUGCCGCCAUCUACUGUCUUCUCAUAUUGGCGCCGCGACCACCGGCGCUCGAUCGUAUCACCCGCCUUACCAGCGAGCUCACCUUCCAAAGGGGCAAAUGACAGCCCGAUCAGCAGUCCUCCUCAGCUCCCACAAAUUCCAGAUACCCCAACCCUCACCACGUCCUUCGGUUACCCCUCACAGGAUGCCCCUUCCUCGAUCGAGUCGCCGCUGGACAUCGAUGCGUCCAAGCUAACCAUCACCUCAUCGGCCGCGCCGCUAUCUUCCUCCCUCACUCUUGCCGUUCCGUCGCCGUCAUACGAUAGGGAGAACCGUCCUCACUCGAGCCCCGGGGAAUGGGAAGGAGAAACGUUCACGUCGCAAGCGAAUGAUUCCCAAGUGUCUGUUUCGGGUCUCCGGUCUGAUCAAGGAGAUGGGGAGUCGAAUUCCAAAUCGAACUCGCCAUUCCGUCGGUCCUUUGGGAAGCAGAAACGAUCGCCAACUGCCGGUCCGGGGUCGAGCCAUUUUCGAUUCAGGACGUCGCCCGAUGAUUCGCCGGGUGAUAAACAAACCGUGCCGCAGAAAGAUAAAGAUUUCAGGGUGGAGGGAGGCGCGGCUGUUCGCCGUAUUGGGGAUCGGGAUCGGGAUGUGCCUGUGGAGAGUACCAAUACCCAUCACAAAUCUGGCAAGGCGAUGCUUCAUCUUUUAAAUCCUAUGUCUCUUCUUGCGCGUCGGCGCUCGUCGCAGAUCGUUAGUUCGAGGGCAGAGGAACCUAGGCUCAAUAAUCGGAACGUGCCUGCCAUGCCGGAUGAUUAUGAUCCUCGAAUACGUGGGAAUAUUGUUCAUGAUUUCUCAGCUCCACGACCUCGCAGAAAUGUUUCUGCACAGCAGGAUGGGGUUAUUUCCAAUCUGCAGGAACCGUCUCCUUCUCAUAUUCCUAAGGGUGGUCGCUGGAAUGACCAGACAAAACGACACAGUGAUCAUUCGCCUGUGUUUAAAGAGCAUUUUGAGGAUCAGAAUGUGCUACAGGUCGAGAACAAGGGAUACCUUCAGUCUUCGCUAUUGACGAACCAAUCUCAGCCUGGAUAUGAAAAGUCAUUACCGGCCUUUGCUAGGAACUUGCCUUCGCAUUUGCCUGAAGAAAUCAAUGAGCCUGUGGAACAGCCAGAACCAGAAGCCCCAGAGCCUCCUCCAAGUCCACCAAAGGCAGACCCUCCCAAGGAAUCCCAUUAUCAAGGGACAGCCGACGAAGAUACGAUUCCAAAUGUGCCAUUCAACCCUUCCGGUCUACCAAGACAUCUCAAGAGCAAUGCCUCGCGGUUCAGCUUUGAUAUGAGCGGAGUGGAAUCCUCCGUGCAAGAAAAGCUGCUGGAAGAAAAGCAUAAAGCGAAAGAAGCUGCUCGCAAGGUCGAAGAUGGAUACUUUGAUGACUUCGAUGAGGACUUUGAUAAUGAUAUGCUGGACGACUUGGAUGGCCUGGAAGAAAAGAUCCCGGGAGUCAAUGUCGAUGCAGACGAUGAUGAUUUCGAUGAUCUACCUAUUUCUCGCAACAUCAAUGGAGAGCUCAAGUCUUGGGCUAUUGCGGAAUUGUCGCCGGUGGUGGCAAGCCCUGUCACUUCUGCACCGCCUGGUGUUACGGACAAUUCUGGUUAUAUCUCUAGCCAGUAUGAGGCUACAACGACUGAGACUCACUGUGCUCAACAGCAGCCUCAGGAGCAACCGCUCUCCGUGGCUAGCAAUGAUGUUCCUGCUGCCAAUCCUCAGGUUCCCGCUGCCAGUACUCAACAACCGCCGACCCUCGACGAGGAUGAUCUUUACUUUGAUGAUGGAGAAUUUGGAGACCUCAACAACAAUGACCAAGACGGGGGAUUCGAUGAAUCUAUAUUUGAUGAUGAGACCAGCCAUCUAUAUGAGAGAAAGCCGGUGGCACCUCCAGCAGCCAAUCCUCAAAUCCCCGCCGCCAACAAUCAACUACCGCCAAUCCUCGACGAGGAUGAUCUUUACUUCGACGAUGGAGAAUUUGGUGAUCUUAAUAUUAACGACCAAAACGGAGGAUUCGAUGAAUCAAUAUUCGAUGAUGUAACCAGUCAUCUAUACGAACGAAAGCCUGUGGCACCGCCGCCAGCGGAGACCACGGCACCAGGCGACGACUCUUCCCUGGACAAAGAAAGCACUACGGCAGACACCGGGGACCAGAGUCUCAAGCACAUGCCCAGCGUGGCCAGUGAUUACCGGAUGACAGGCUCGGUCAAGCGUGGCCCUCUUGGAGAGCCAAUACCUAAUAUGGGCCCUGCUCGGGCCCAUGGUGGUGUGCUGACCGAACAGAACUUGGAUAUUCUGCAUAAUGCCUUGGCUUUUGCGGCCAACGAAGCCGCACACAACAGUCGUCUUGACCGAACUGUCAGCAUGAGUGAAAGAUCUCAGGGUCAAGACAGUAUAGCCCACACAGCACAGACAGUAGACUCGCAGCCGGGUCUAGUCUCUGAUGACAGCCGUGUCAGUCAGGGUGCUGACGCCAUGGCUUUUGAAGACGUCUUCGACGAUGGUCUAAUUUACGAUGACACGGACGACGCAUAUUUCGACGAUGCAAUCGUAGCCGCGGCCAACGCAGAAGCCCUCGAGAAUGACGACGAGGGCUUCUACGGCCAAGAAUUUGGCUUCUACGCCCAAGCAGAUAGCACCUGCAACUCCGAACUGACGAAUGGUGGAUACUUUGGCCCGCGACGGGUCGAAGGCGUCAGCCGCAGUCACAGCAGCCGGGGCAAAUUCCAAGAGCCUAGCCUCACCCCCAUCACCGAAAGAAGUGAAUGGAGCACCCGCAACUCCAUGAUCUCGCUCAAGGCCCACGGAACAACAUCCAACCCAUCCCUAGCAAGCCCCGGAUUAGCACAGCUCGUCGACAUGGGCAAUAUCGACGACGAGCUCUCUUUAAGCGCGCUGAUGAAAUUGCGGCGCGGCGCUUGGGGUGGAAGCAAUGGUAGCCUGCGAAGCAGUGCGGGCAGCCCACCACCCCCGCAUCCGAUAUCCUCCCCUCACCGGGGCAGUUUUACUGGUGUCUCUGAAGCAAGUCCAGUUCCGUUCAGUCCCGAUGAGGGUCCGCCGAGUGCUGUUGGGUAUUGCCAUGAUGAUUGUCAUAGUCAUACCCGAACUGCUUCCCCGCUGGCUCUAGCUGGUCGACCUGCCGAUCUCCCGGUCACCGGAAUCACCGGACCGGCAGUGUUUGCAGACGACGCGGAAGAAGUUCCGAUCAGCGGUACUCAGCGGCUUAAUGUUUUGUGA